AUAUAUUAAACCUCUAGAGGUACAGAGUGUGAUUAAUAUAUUAAACUGUCCUCUAGCGGUCAAGCGGUGCAGAGUGUGGUGGUGUUUAGGACCUCGGGAGCGUUGGCCUGGCUGGGCGUAUCAGGAGCGGGGUCUCUGCUGGAACGCACCGGAUUGGCCCAGGCUGUCAGAGAGGGGCGGAGCGUCAGAGGGUCAAAGGUUACGAACGUCACUGUGGGAGGUGUGCAGGAUGAUGUGUGCUUGUGGUUGUUCAACUGCCCUGCAGCAGGUUUUGAGUGUUUGUCCAGACCAGGUCACAUGGCCGUCUGUUCCUCGGUCUGUCACUCUGACUACUGUCACAACCAGGGCAUCUGUACCCACCACCCUCACCAACCACCCCUCUGCCAGUGCCCUGUGGGGGAUCAUUUCUGGUUCAUGGGUCGUCGUUGUGACGUGAGGAUGACGCAGCAGCGGCUGGUGGGGGCGUGCCUUGGUGUGCUGGUUGCCAUAGUUACACUGAUUGGCGCCGUGGCCUGGCUGGCGGUGCGACGAUACAGAGCCAUGUUGAUAAAGACUAAAGUAGACCAGACACGCAGCAGCUACCGUAGGUUCAACCACUUUGACGAGCUGUCAGGUCGUUUCUGGGGGCGGUCCGUUGGUGGAUCAGCUGACUCGUUGGAUAACCCCGUCUUCACCCGCUCCGACGAGUUGCUACACCGGAGGGCGCUCGACCGCACCUGCUGUUACCACGACGAUACGCUGUCCCUGGCCUCCACCUGCCCUAGCAAUGGAACACACCUCAACACCGUCUACCCACACAAUUCCCAGUACGGCUGGGCGGUCAGCGAGGUCAGCCUGGCGGAGUGUGUGUUGGAUUCUGGGAAAGCCAGUGACCUGUCAGUGUGCAGCUGGCCCAUAGAACCCAUCCAGUGGACACCCUUCCCCCUGCUACAGCAACUAUCCUCUACACACAGAACCACCCCGGUACCUAUUAGGAGGGAGGUGAGGGCGCUGCGUCCUCGGUCCUACUGUGAAGGUAUGGAGUUGGUGGAACUGGAGAAGAGCUGGACGGCCUAGCAACCACUGAACCGUUUAGUGGAGUCGGUCGUGAGGAAAGGGUUGAACAACCGAAUCACUGAGUAAACUGAUUCACUGAGUCACUGAGUCAAUGGUAUCUCUGAAUCACUGAAUAAACUGAUUCACUGAGUCACUGAGUCACUGAGUCACUGAAUAAACUGUAUCACUGAUUCACUGAAUCACUGAGUCAACGGGAUAACUGAAUCACUGAAUAAACUGUAUCACUGAUUCACUGAGUCACUGAGUCAAUGGUAUCUCUGAAUCACUGAAUAAACUAUCACUGAAUCGCUGAAUCACUCAGUCAAUGGGAUAACUGAAUCACUGAAUAAACUGAUUCACUGAGUCACUGAGUCAACGGGAUAACUGAAUCACUGAAUAAACUGUAUCACUGAUUCACUGAAUAAACUGUAUCACUGAAUCACUGAAUAAACUGUAUCACUGAUUCACUGAAUCACUGAGUCAACGGGAUAACUGAAUCACUGAAUAAACUGUAUCACUGAUUCACUGAAUCACUCAGUCAAUGGUA